AUGCUCCAGCCGGAGCUGGAGUGCGAGAACCUGUACUGCAGAGCAAGCGGCACAGUGGGCCUCCAGAACAUGACCUACCCUUACCCAGUAACUAGCAACGCAGACUUCCACCUCGUUGUGACGCUGACAUCUCGCCAGGGAGACGUCGAUCUGCUGGUGACGCCGCCAGGGCGUGAGCAGGAGCGCUGGAGCCGCAUGAGGGCGGGGGACUCGCGGCAGGAUUCGGUGGUGAUCCAGCGGGGGGACCUCCAACGCUCCCCAGGCACCUAUCUCAUCACCGUCGUCAGCGCCGCGCAGGUGGUGUCGGACUUCAGCCUGGCCGUGCAGCGCGCCACCGCUGGGGGGUCCCCGGACCUCGCCGCUGAGGACCGGGAGGUCCUGCAGGAGGUGAUGGAUCAGUGCUGCGCGGCGGACGGCACAUGCCCGCAGCUGCGCGCGGCGGCGGCCAACAGCCGAUUUGCGCGGUUUUGCGACGCGGUGCCAAAUCAGUGCGAUGGCCAGGGGCGGCUGACUCACCUUUCGCUGGCCUCUGAAGGGCUGGCCUGCCCCUUCCCCCGCGCCCUCAACCGCCUCGCAGCCCUCACCCGCCUCGACCUCACCUUCAAUAAGCUGGACGGCAGCCUGGAGAGGGAUGUGGCGCCGGUGGUGGAGGUUCUGCCGGACCUGGAGCAUUUGAAUCUGGGAUACAAUGCGCUGACAGGGACGCUGAGCUGUCGCCUGCUGCUGGCCGACCGCCAGCUGGCAGAACUCGACCUCGCCGACAACCAGAAGGGCGGGGGUCUGUCGGGCGAGCUGCCGUCCUUUGCGAACGCGGCGGCGCUGCGAGUGCUGCGGCUGGGAGGCAACGCGCUGACUGGACCCCUGCCGGACCUCCCAGUCAACGUCCAGGAGGUUCGCCUGCAGCACAACAGGCUGGAGGGCGGCAUUCCUGACAGCUACAGCGACCUGGUGAACCUGCACACCCUCAAGCUGGAGCACAACCGGCUCAGCGGGCCCCUCAUGGCAGGUGUUGCGGCGCUGCCGAUGCUGGAGGUCUUUGAUGUGAGCGAGAACCGGCUGACCGGACUUCUGCCCGCCAGCUGGACGACCGCAAAAUUAGUAGAGCUGGAUGCGCAUGACAACGCGCUGACUGGACCCCUGCCCGCCAGCCUGGCGCAGCUGCCACGGCUGGCCUACCUCCAGCUGCAGGACAACCAGCUGACAGGCACGCUGGACGCCUACGUGGACGCCCUGUCAGCGGCUGAGUCACCCUCGGCUACGCGCUUUGUCAGCCUGGGGGGCAACCGGCUGUCGGGGGGCGUUCCUGACGGCCUCCAGAACCUGGCGGCCUUCCAGCCGGGGGCCUGGAACAUCCUGGAUGGCUGGAUGUUCGAGAAGACGCUCAAUGUUUCUGGAAAUGACCUCAGUGGGCCGCUGCCUGUCUGGGCGCUGCAGCGGUUUACCGCCGAUGAGGGGCUCACCGUCAAGCUUGCGGGUAAUAAGUGGACCUGCCCCGAAGGGCGCAUUGGAGUGGCGGCCAGCGUGGAUGAGGUGAAGCAGCAUCAGCAGUCGGCCAGCGAUGUGGAAACCCGCACAAGUGGUAGCGAGCAGCCUGGCCAGCUAAAGCUGCCGUUCCAGGACUUGAGCGAGCAGCAGAUCUGGGAUGCGGCAUGGGAUGACGAGGAUGUGGACAGCGCUCCAGCAACGCCCUCGAAGACAGACCCCUUCCUGCACCUCCCAGAGGAGACCGAGCUUGAGCGCCUCGAAAAUGCCCACAAGGCACACAGCCCACCGGUGUUGCCUGAUUGGGCGCCAGGCCACCACGUGAACACACCCAGCCGUGAUGCUGACGUGGACCGCCACAUCAGCACAGAGGACACCUGGACCGACCAGGACAGGGGGGCUAAUCGGGGCUUCGACCACGUGCUGACUCUACCAGAGUACCCAAUCAAUGACGUCUGGGAGGAGCACUCUGAGGGCGAUUACUCAUACACGGAUGAGUCACCCGCCGGUGAGUCAUCCGUGCCGGGGGUCGCCGAGGCGCGCGAAGGGGACACCGGCGGAGACGAGCCCCACCGGAAAGCAACGCCUCAGGACGCAGUGGACAGCAUCCAUACAGCGGCGUUGUCAGGCAGCAGCGGGGAGGGCAUAAAUACUGCUCAGGCGCAGGCCUUUGCGGUGGGCUCGCUGCAUGCAGACAUCAAGGCUUACAGACCCCCAGUGCUGGAGGAAGCUGCUGAGAGUGACAAUAGCGCCAAGACACCCCUGCAAUAG